AUGAAGCUCAAAGAAACACUCGAACAACCAAGUCCUGAAGAAUUGCCACCGGACGACGUUGAAGCCAUCAAAAUCAUCCGGAAAUCAGCUAAGUACUCAUACUACAACGAGAUUCUUUACCGACCCUCCCUAACCCAUCCGUGGGCGAGAAGUUUUUUGGCCGAAAGCGGAAGCCAGGUCCUAAAGGAAAUACACGAAGGCAUAUGCGGAGCGCAUAAAGGAGCAGUUACGAUAGCUAGAAAAAUAAUGCUUCAAGGAUAUUACUGGCUAACAAUCAAGGAAGACGCCAAAACGCUUGUAAAGAAAUACGACAAAUGUCAAAGACACGACAACGUCGCACACAGACCAGAGUACCCCAGGGAUCCCUAG